AUGUUUAACAAGUAUGAACAUGAUAAUAUUAGAGAUAUUUUAAAAACCCUUGAAGUAAAGAAAUCACAAAACAAUGAUUCACCUUUUCAAAUUGAUACAGAUGAUAAUAUAGACACAAGUAAUAAACAAGAAACUGAAUCUAUUUCAUUAUCUAUUGGAGAAAAGUCAUCUAUUAACUGUCAACUACUUAAAGUAUUGAUUUCGGCCAAUGCUCCAUUAUCAUUUAUAGAAAAUGCUGAAGUAAUUAAAUUAUUUCAUAUGAUAAAACCCGAAUAUAAGCUUCCUUCUCGUAAAUGGAUAAGCACAGAUAUUUUAGAUAAUAUACUCGAGAAUGUACAAUGUAAUAUUCAACGUUUUAUAUCAGAUUCAAUGUUUUUAACAUUAUCUGAUGACGGAUGGACAAACAUUUCAAAAAACAUUUAUUUAAUCACUUGGUUUCUUCAUCCAUAUCAUCAUGAUGAAAGAUUAAAUCCAACAUGGUCUUUAUAUAUUCAGGAAAAAGCAUAUGGCUUGUUUUGCUCCCUUUAUCCAGAUUAUAAUCAAGAUAAAUUUAUUGAUGAAUGGUUAAAUUAUGCAAAUCAAGAAGGCCUAUUUUUAGCAUCCUCUAUUCAAAACCCAAGUUUUACAAAAUUUCCACUAUGA